AUGGGCGCCAUUAUGUCGAGGAACUCGGUGGUUCCGCACCAGCCUCUCUCCGUUGUCACGGCUACUGCAGCCUCACAAACAGGGAAGGCUACGAAAAACAAGCAUCACAAGUUUAACACGCUGGUGCCGGAGCCUAAUUCAUCGAGUCAACCACCACAAAGCACCUCUAGAACAUCAACUAAUGAACACUUAAGUCGUGCAGAUCUCCGUGUGCAGUUCCUUAAGGCUGUGAAACGUGGAGACGUCACUGCAAUGGAAGACUUGUUACAACGAUAUCAACAGCUAAGACCAUGGGGUCCAGAAUCCCGCGAAGACGAAGGUGAAGAAGGAGCCAACGAAGAGCUGGUUAAUAUCCGAGGAAUGUGGGAGAGCACGCCGCUGAUAUCCGCCUCACAAUACGCACACUGCGAAGCUGCUCUGUGGUUACUAAGCCACGGAGCUGAUCCUCACGCUAGCAACGAGAAAGCUGUGACGGCUCUGUUAUUAGCAAGUUUGGAAGGACUGACACCCGUGGUUGUACAACUUCUGGGGACAAUGAGACCACAGAUUAAUACUUUAGCUAUCGACAAACAAAUUGGCGUCGUGUACAAUUCCGCUGCAGACGUCAAUGUGCGACUUAGCCCGUUUCUUGCCGCAAGUAUGAAUGGCCACCGUGAAAUUGUUCGACUGCUUCUUGAUCAUGGCUCAGCAGUGAACCAACAUGUGGCGAUCACGGUAGGCACGGGCACUACCUCUUCAGGGGGAUCUACUGCUUUACUGCUUGCUUCGCGGUAUGGACAUGCAGGGGUAGUAACUUUGCUUCUUGAACGAGAAGCAGACUAUGCCUUGCUGGACGGAGCAACUGAUAGCUCAGCAUUGUUAUUAGCAUGUGAGCACAGCCACGAGGAGUGUGCCAUGCUAUUGCUUGAAGCAAUGACGGAUGGACAUAAAACUCAGCGUUCCAGUGAUACCGAGACUGAGAAGUGGCAAGCUGCUAAUCACCAGGGCUUCACACCUUUGCACUUUGCAGCCGUGAAUGGAUUGCUUACCGUGUGUAAGGCCCUAUUGUCAGUUCUAAAAGCGCAACAGCAGAAUCUGGAGGAUGAAGUUCUGGCAACAGCUUUCGUCAACGCCCGAGCUGGAGCUCGACGCGAGAGUGCACUGCUCCUCGCAGUUCGGAAAAGACAGCACCAAGUGGCACGUUUACUAUUAGAAGCCGGUGCCGAUGCAGAACUCGCUGACCGUGGCGGAAACACCGCAACGCAAGUGUUAGCUCGCAACAAGCAAGAGGCGUUGCUCCAGUUGUGCGAAGCUGCCACAAGCAAGUCGCAACGCCAACUGUCAAACGAGUCUCCUACUGUUGAAGAUGUGUUAGUAUCUACCGACCGAGGAUCAAGCAAAGAAGAAGAACUUCGACGAGCAGAAUCGAAUGGUGCGGAGGGCCCUGACCCUGCUGCCACAGAUAUGUUAAUUGAUGUCGAUCAACGGUAA